AUGCUCGACGUGGCCACCAGAGCAGCCGGCGGGCUGGCGCGCUCGCUCGUGGUCGCCGCCUUCGGCGCAGCCGGUACGGUGAUCGGCGGCAUGCUCGGCCUCCUGUGGGGCUUCGUCAACCAGGACGGCCUGGUGCAGGGCGUGGUCGUCGGGGCGGUCACCGGGGCCCUCGUCUCCGUGGAGCUCGCCGACUCCCUCCUCAGGAUAUGGACCUGCGGCGACUGCUCCAUGGACGCGCGCAUCAAACGCACGCGGCUGGUGCUCCGGAGCGUGGCGGUCGGCCGCCUCCUGCGCGGCUCGCUGUUCCCGGCCAUAAGCGGCGCGCUGGACAGCCAGAUCGAGGCGCUGCAGCAGCACCACUCCUUCCGAGGCGACCUCUUCGAGCCGAGCUCCGGCCCGGUGACGGCCGCGCGGAGGGCCGCCGUCGAGAGCCUCCCGGCCACGGUGCUCACCAAGGAGACAGCGGGCGCGGGGCAGCACACCACCUGCCCCAUCUGCCUCCAUGUCAGUGCUAUAGCUAGCUUCUCAUCCGAGCCAGUGAUGUAG